CAUACCUUUGUGAUCCAUCCCGCGACAGAACCGGUUUCACCUGAUCCUCCGCUAUGAUCGCGGCCAGCGCGUUUGCUCAACAAAGGGGAUCCCGGUGUAGGAUCGCUACGGACGCUCGGUCACCAUCGGUGAGGGACCCACAAGCCUCUUUUAUUUACAAUUUCAACCGUGGACAGCUUCCAGUUAUUCUGGCUACCCUGGAGUCCGUAGAAAGCGAGGGCUGGGAUGGAGACGUGUUGUCGCAGCUGUAUGCCCUGUCUGAAGACGCUGUGGGACUGCAUAUGGCCCGAGUUCUACUAUCCGAACGUGGCUCGUCCGGCCGAGAUCCGCACGGUUUCAGGUGAUAUCCGGGAUAUCCGGGUCCCGGCUCCGAAGAAGAAGCCCACGCAGCUGUACGCGGCGCUCUUCGACUUCGAAGCCCGCAGUGAGGGAGAGCUGACGGUCAAAGAAGGGGACAAACUGUCUGUCAUAGAAAAGAGGGGAGAUUAUGUAUUUGCCAAGAAGCUGACGGGGUCCCUGGAGUCCGGACUGGUCCCUGCUAAUUAUGUGGCCCUAGUACAGGAUGAAUUCGCUAAAUACAGAUGGUAUUAUGGGAAUAUAAACAGACAAAAGGCUGAGAAGCUGCUUCUGAGUCAACAGAACAAAACUGGUUCCUUCCUGGUGAGGAUCAGUGAGAGCCACAGCGAUGAAUAUACAAUCUCUGCCAGAAGUGAAAAUAAUGUCUUCCAUUUCCGUAUUCAACGCUCAGUGAUUGGUGCUUACUUUGUAUCUGACAAGAUCUCUUUUGGCACUCUGGAUGAGCUCAUCAGGUACUACCAGCACAACUCCAGAAGUCUGGGAUGCCCCUUAGACCAGCCAUGUGUACAGCAAAGGGAGUUGUUCGACAUGGAACCAUGGGAGCAGCCGAGGGAGGAGUUUCAGCUACUCAAGAAGCUGGGGGAAGGCCAUUUCGGGGAAGUCUGGGAAGCUGUCUGGAUCACGAAGAAACAGAAUGUAGCCAUCAAGAUGCUCAAACAAGAGGACACAAAACUGGAUGAGUUUGUGAAGGAGGUACACGCACUGAAGAACCUGCACCAUCCUAAACUGAUUGAGCUGUUGGCUCUGUGCACACGAGGGGAGCCUGUCUACAUUAUCACCGAGCUCAUGACUAAAGGAAGUCUCAAAUCAUAUCUUUCUACACCAGAGGGUCAUGUGUUGACCUCUGCUCACCUGAUCUACAUGGCUAGUCAGAUAGCAGAAGGAAUGGCGUAUCUGGAAGAUCGACACAUUGUCCACAGAGACCUUGCAGCUCGAAACAUACUGGUUGGUGAAGACCUGGUGUGUAAAGUGGCUGACUUUGGUCUGGCUCGCAUCAUCAAGGAUAGUGUGUACACCGCUAGUAAAACCACCAAGAUUCCUGUACGAUGGACGGCUCCAGAAGCUGCUCUCUACCAGCGUUUCUCAGUCAAAUCUGACGUCUGGUCCUUUGGGGUGCUGCUGUAUGAGAUUAUGUCACGUGGAAAGAUGCCAUAUGAUGGGAAGAAUAAUAAGGAGGUUUUGGAGAUCCUGUCAUCGGGGUACAGGUUACCGUGUCCAAAUCGCUGCCCCCCAAACAUUUACCGCAUUAUGUUGGAUUGCUGGCAUGCGGAGGCUUCCAAACGGCCCUCGUUCCAUGCCCUUCACAGUCAGCUAGAUAAAAUCUACUCCAAAAUCUACUACAAAACCAUUGAGGUGUAGAAGAGGUGGACUGAAACAGAAGAUUCUGUGGGACAGAAUGGAGAAUAAAGAAAAGAUUUGCAUGGAUAAAAUUGCACAUAAGAUAUACUCUCUUCUUGAUUACUUGUAUUAAGUUAUGUGCAAUAAUAAAUGCUUGUUAAAGGACUUUAAAGAGGAUGAAAGUUCUGAUUAGAGAAACAAGUUGUUAAAGAGCAAACAUGCGUCUCCUUUAUCUGAAAGGGCCAGAUUAGCUCUUCAUAGCGAAUCUUGAUCAUGGGUGGAUCAAGAUGUAAAGCACUGUUAUGUACUGUCAUAAUAUACAUCUUU